AGUAGGCGGCGAUAUGGACUUUUAAAGCUGGUUGCGUUCCGCCAUUAAACACCACAGAAGAAGAAGGUUUCCGUUGACUUCCGUAAAGUAGUGACUCUUUGAAAACGCUUCCAGAAACAGAUUGAACUUCGUCUUGUAAACGUUUAACGUUGCUUUUUGGGGAUGCCCAGCGCCACAAAAACUGAUAAUACACUGGAAGACGAAGAAAAGAAGAAGUCAGCGACAAGUCCUCCAGCUGGGAAGAAAUGUGGCAGCUGUUAGUGAGUAAAGAUGUUCUCAUUAAGCAGCAAGAAUGGAAUCAGAGUCUUGACCGAAAGGACUCAGAGCCUCCAAACAUUAAAGAGGAACAGGAUGAACUCUGGAGUGAAGCUGAAGAAACACCUCACUCAUCACAGCUUCAUCAAAGGCAAAGAAGUGAGAGCACAGAAGUGGAGCUUCUUUUCUCAACUGAACGCAGAACACUGAAAAUGGAUCCGGAUGGAGAGAAAUGUGGAGGAUCACAACCAGCCACAGACUCAGGCCCAAGUAGUCAUCUACAGACACAUACUGAUGACAUGCAGCAGUUGUCGGUGAUUAAAGAAGAAAUUUUCCAUGAACAUCAGGAGUGGAAUCUGAGUGUUGACCAGGACAUUAAAGGGGACAAAGAGAAAUUCUGGAUAUGUUGGGAAGGUCAGCAGCUUCACCAAUUGGAGGACGCUGAUUUCACCAAGUUCCCUUUUACCGUUUCUGUGAAGAGUGAAUAUGAUGAAAAGCCACACUCAUCACACAUUUAUCAAAGCCAAAUUGAUGCAGAACCUGCAGCAAGCAGCUCAACUGUCCACAGAACACUGACAGCACAAGCUGAUGGAGAGGACUAUGGAGGCGCACAGACAGCCAGGAAAUCACACCCAAAUGGUCAUUUACAAUCAGAUAGCUAUUGUAGGAGUUCAGACAGUUCUGAGACUGAUGACAGCUGUGAUUGGCAACAGAGUAGAGAAAUUAGUUCAAGCUUUAACUUUCGCACAAAUAGCAGUGUCUCAAAACCACACAGAGGAUUGCCAGCAAGUGACAAACCAUUUAGCUGUCCUGAGUGUGAUAAACAAUUUAGACAUAAGAACAGUCUUGUCACACACAUGAGAAUUCACACAGGACAGAAACCAUUUGGCUGUUCUGACUGUGGCAAAAGAUUUGGAGAUAGGAGCAGUCUGUCCAAACACACGACAAUUCAUUCUGGUGAGAAACCAUUUGGUUGUUCUGAAUGUGGUAAACGAUUUGGCCGGAAGAGCCACCUUAUUGUACAUAUGAGAAUUCAUACAGGAGAGAAGCCUUUUGGCUGUUCUCACUGUGAAAAAAGAUUUGGAGAUCAGACUAGCCUGAUCUCACAUGUAAGGAUUCAUACGGGACAGACACCUUUUGGAUGUUCUGACUGUGGUAAAACAUUUGGACAGAAGGGUGAUCUGAUCAAACACUUGAGAAGUCAUACAGGAGAGAAACGAUUUGGCUGUUCUGAGUGUGGUAAACAUUUCGGACAUAAGAGCAGCCUGAUUACACACUUGAGAAUUCAUACAGGACAGAGACCAUUUGGCUGUUCUGACUGCGGUAAAAGGUUUGGCGAUAGAAGCAGUCUUUCUAAACACACAAUAAUUCAUACAGGAGAGAAACCAUUUAGUUGUUCUGAGUGUAGUAAAAGAUUUGGCCGGAAGAGCCAUCUUAUUUUACACAUGAGAAUUCAUACAGGAGAGAAGCCAUUUGGCUGUUCUGAGUGUGGUAAAAGAUUUGGGCAAAAGAGCAAUCUGAUCACACACACGAAAACUCAUACAGACAUACCGGCAGAAAUUCCAAGGCUAGUCUAGAACAAAACCAAGGUUAGUUGACAGGAACAUGGCAAAGGACACAAUAGAAGUACAACAGCCACCCUUAAGAGAAGAAGUUGAAGGUUCUGGAGACCACUAUUUAAAGACCUAAAACAACACCAGGAGGCCGAGUGGAUAGAAAUAAUAAAAGAGAAAACGGAGACAAACAGCAAAUGCCAGCAGCUGUAAUAACUGAAAAGGGAUAAGAAAGAAAAUUAAUGAAUACAGUAACUUGAAGGCACCUGACAUUGAUAAAAUCCCAAAUAUUUGGUUGAAAAGGUUGACAGCAUUGCACCACCAUCAGUGGCUUUUGCCAAAAUACUGAACGGAGAACAGGACACGCCAGACUGGCUAACUAAUGGAAAUACAAGGCUACUACCAAAGACCAAAGAAACACAGCUACACAGUAGGUAGAGACCUAUCUGUUGCCCAACAACUGGCUUACAGGAAUUAUAGCUGAUGCAGUUUAUGAACAUUUUGACACUGGUGGCUACCUGGAAAAUGAACAGAAAGGCUGCAUAAGGAAAAUAAUAGGAA